GACUAAACAAUCUCAACUCGAGAGGUGGGGCUAAACAAUCUUGUAGCAAUCCUUCUCUAGCAAGGCAAUGCUUAUCGCUCGACUGUUCCGUCGGGGCUCCUUCAUGAGUCUCCUCGGUCUGCAUGCUCGGUCUGCAGCCGGUUGGGCUCACAUGCGGAGAGAGCUGACCGAAGAAUUGGACCUGAUCAGGUCGUCUGGCCUGUGGAAGUCCGAGCGAGUGAUCACGACUCGUCAGGAGGCUCUGAUCGGAGUCGGAGACCGCGAGGAGAGAGUCCUCAACUUCUGUGCCAACAAUUAUCUCGGACUCUCUUCGCAUCCAGACGUGAUACAAGCUGGCAAGAAUGCACUUGACAGUCACGGAGCUGGACUCAGCUCGGUUCGCUUCAUAUGUGGAACACAGGACAUCCAUGUUAUUCUCGAGCAGAAAAUAUCGGCUUUUCAUUCUCGAGACGACACAAUUGUUUACGCCAGUUGCUUUGACGCAAACGCUGGAUUGUUUGAAGCUUUGUUGGGUCCAGAUGAUGCAGUAAUCAGUGAUGAGCUCAACCACGCUUCUAUUAUCGAUGGAAUACGAUUGUGUAAGGCAAAGAAAUAUCGAUACCAGCAUAAGGACAUGCGAGAUUUACGUGACAAAUUACAACAAGCCAAAGAUGCUCCAAGAAAGAUGAUUGCUACUGACGGAGUCUUCAGCAUGGAUGGCGACGUGGCAAGUCUCAGGGAGAUUUGUGAUUUAGCUGAUGAGUAUAAUGCCAUUGUGAUGGUCGACGAAUGUCACGCAACUGGCUUUCUUGGAAAAACUGGCAGAGGGACAGAGGAGCUACUUGAUGUUGCUGGUCGAGUCGAUAUCAUCAAUUCUACACUGGGAAAAGCUAUGGGAGGAGCAGCAGGUGGUUACACAACUGGACACAAGGAGAUUGUCUCACUGUUACGUCAGCGAUCAAGACCCUAUCUGUUCUCCAACUCUCUGCCUCCCCCAGUUGUAGCCCAAGCAAGCAAAGUGUAUGAUUUAUUAAUGAUGAGUUCUGAAUUGCCUGAGAAAGUGGCCAGGAAUACGAGCCAAUUUCGUUCCCGGAUGAAAGCAGCGGGCUUUACUAUCUCGGGAGAUGAUCAUCCAAUAUGUCCAGUCAUGUUAGGUGAUGCUAAAUUGGCAACUGAAAUUGCUAACGAAAUGUUGGAUCUUGGCAUUUUUGUCAUUGGCUUCAGUUAUCCAGUCGUCCCAAAAGGUAAAGCAAGAAUUCGAGUUCAGCUGUCGGCUGUUCACUCCCUAGAAGACGUCGAUCGAUGUGUCGAUGCAUUCAUUGAGAUCGGAAAGAAGAAAGGCAUCAUUCCAUAAUCUGUUCAUAUGUCACAGUAAUGUUAUGAGGACGGUUAUAGAAGGGAAAUUUAGUUGACAGUUUAGUGGGAAGUGAUAGCGAAUGUCUUGCUUUUAGUAGAGCAAGACGUUGGAUGAACGACAACUUAGAAUGAUGCAUGUUGCAGUAUUAUAUAAAUUGAGCUGCUACAGUUGUGAGUAGGUGUUUGUGUGUGUGUGUGUGUGUGUGUGUGUGUGUGUGUGUGUGUGUGUGCAUGUGUUUGUUCAAUACAUAUAUU